CGGCGGCGGCUCGGCGCCUCCGCGGAUGAUCGUCGUCGUCGUCGGCGGCGACGACGACGUUCUCGCGAGCGGACUGAUCUGUCCCAUGGUGGAUCGCGGCCGGAUCGUUUCUGAGAUCACAGUCGUACACACAUGAAAUGGGUAGCUCUUGGUGGCAGUGCGCCGCGUGUUUGAGAGCCCAGGAAGAAGACAUCUGUGAGCUACAGCUGAAUCACUGUAAUCUCUAUGAUGUACCACCCGAUGUGUUCAUUUACGAAAGAACGUUGGAAAAGUUAUAUCUCGACGCCAAUAGAAUAAGAGAUCUUCCUAGGCCGCUAUUUCAGUGCCACGAAUUGAGAGUGUUGUCGCUUAGCGAUAAUGAAAUUACUACAUUACCACCCGCCAUAGCAUCAUUGAUCAACCUGGAAUACUUAGACCUCAGCAAAAACAGUAUAAAGGAUUUACCAGACAGUAUAAAGGAAUGCAAGAGUCUGCGCUCAAUAGAUAUCAGUGUCAAUCCCUUUGAGCGUUUCCCAGAUGCUAUAACGCAUAUCGUCGGCUUGCGCGAACUCUAUAUAAACGAUGCAUAUAUAGAAUAUCUGCCGGCUAACUUUGGACGAUUGUCAGCCUUGAGGACGCUCGAGCUGCGAGAAAACAACAUGAUGACGUUGCCUAAGAGUAUGAGUCGUUUAGUGAAUUUGCAGAGACUCGAUAUCGGCAACAAUGACUUCACGGAACUGCCUGAAGUUGUUGGAGACCUCAUCAAUCUCACGGAAUUGUGGAUAGAUGGCAACGACAUCAGACGUGUGCCAGCAAAUGUUGAGCAGCUGUAUCGUUUGAACCAUUUUGAUUGCACGCUGAAUGCGAUACACGCCCUCCCGAUGGAAAUACGCGGCUGGCGCGACAUCGCGAUUAUGAAUCUGUCCUCGAACGAGAUGUACGAGCUGCCCGACACAAUGUGUUAUCUACGCACAAUCGUCACCCUCAAGAUUGACGACAAUCAAUUGAACGCACUGCCGAACGACAUUGGCCAGAUGUCGAGUUUAGAGGAGCUUAUAAUCACUAAAAACUUUAUCGAAUACUUGCCGUCUUCGAUCGGCUUGCUGCGCAAGCUACACUGUCUCAACGCGGACAAUAAUUAUCUGCGCGCGCUGCCGGCCGAGAUCGGUAGUUGCACGGCAUUGUCCUUGCUCUCCCUGCGAUCGAACAAUCUGACACGUGUACCGCCCGAGCUGGGCCACCUGUCUUCGUUACGAGUGCUAAAUCUUGUUAACAAUUGCAUUAAGUUCCUUCCGGUCUCUAUGUUGAAUCUCAGUAAUUUAAAAGCGUUGUGGUUAAGUGACAAUCAGAGCCAGCCAUUGGUACCGCUGCAACAGGAGUUCAAUUGCGAGGAGGACAUGAUGGUGUUAAGCUGUUUUAUGCUGCCUCAGAAACCGCGGCAGGACUUGGAGCAAAUAGUGCAAACCACAGGACCGAUUUCGAGUUCGAUCAUCGGAACCGGCAAGAAAAUAUGUUUUGCUGCUGAGGUAGAUUCCGAAAUCCCCAGGCAACUUCAUCGAGCACCGACUCCCUAUCCCAAGGAGCUACGCAAUCUUGCUAGGCACGCUCGUAAUCUGCAUCAUCAAUCCAUUCAUGAUCAAAGAACUACGCCUUUGUCUUCAACCUCUAUCGAUCGUCACACAAUGAAGAACUAUAACAAGAGCAAUAGACCGACUGAUCCCGGGGCGGCGGAGCAUUCAGUGUCCGAGGAGUCUUCCGACGAGGCAAACAAGACCGUGCUGGCGAAGGAGAAGAGCCCUGAUAUCCGAGAAGCCAAGUACAUUCGCAAUCCUACAUCUGAUUACGUCACGAAAACGCCGACGGUGGCCGAUUAUGUUAACUCCACUUGGAAACCGGACGAGUACUCCAAGGCGAACACGGCGAAGAUAGUGGAAUCCGAGAAGUUCAUCGAGCCGUACAGGACAGCAAUGUCCGUUGACGCGACAGACGGCAAGCAAACGCGGAUAGCGAUCGCACCGAAAUCCUGCGAUGUACCGCCAGCCCCGCCACCAUAUCACAUCGCGGCGGCGUUUUCCAAGAAAGCCGCCCUUUUCCAGCAAUUCAAUAAUCCGAUCGAAGCGGAUGCACAUCUGGCUUUACCUUCGUUAUCUUUCAACACGCCUUUAAAUUCGAUCGGGCCGUUACCAGAUGUAACGAAACAGAAGAACCUCGAGAUGAGUUCAGCGGACUCGGCGAAAGCUGAAGAAUGUGCAUCCGUGUCGUCGGGCGAUCGGGCAAACUUCGCUAAUUCAAGCGUUAAGCCAACAGACAACGGGCGAACGAGUUCUCUCGAUCAGACCAGCUCAGAACAGAGCUGCACGCCGAUUCCGGAUUGCAGUGUCGAUCCCGAACAAGGUGAUCGUGCCCUCAGGCCGAGCAAAAUUCCCGUUCUCAAAGCGAAACACACAGAGAACUCGGGUAAUGACGCGAGUUCGAACAAGAGUUCUUCAGUGGAAGAGUAUGACGCGAGUAGAACGUUGAACGCAUAUUCCGGCAUACCCACGUCGCCGAUUACAGGGAAAAAAUACCGCAGUCCGUUAUCGGCACCGUUGAAGCCAUUCGAACGAUCAAGGAAGCUGAUGAACGGGAACACUUCGUGUAAUAAUCCGUGUGACAAUGCCAACACUCCGACUGAAGUACCGACAAAUCUCAGCCGGACAAGUGUCACCGCUUCCAUUCAAACAAACAGGAUCGUUGUCGACACGUCGAGCGGAGUUACGCCUCCUGCUACUGCUGUCGAAAGCAGUUCGGGUCGGAAUACGUCAAACCACAAUACGAAUGGGACAUCUCAAGGCGACACAAAUGUCAACGCCGAAAGCUCAAAGGAACAUGCGAGUUCUCCUUCGAACGAACCACUGACCUCUGAAAAGAAACCGAAGUUCAAGUGGAUGUUCGGCCCUCAUAAAAACGCGAAUGUGUUGCCUGUUCAAGUAAAAAAAAAUCCAGGUCUUGGCUUCAGUAUAGCAGGUGGAGUAACGGGUGCAGAAACCGGAAUAAUCGUGACAAAGGUGAAUCCAGACGGGCCAGCUCAGGGUACUCUUCGGCCGGGUGAUAAGAUCCUGGAGGUAGACGGUAUCGACUUCACCAAAUCGGAUCACAAUAAUGCCGUCGCUGUUCUGCGUGCCACCGGUGCUGUUGUAUCUAUGAUGAUAAGUCGCCACCAAUGAUUGUAAGUUAUCUCGAAGAAGCAAAAAGAAAAAAAAA